UGGGCUCUCACGGGCUGGAGCCUUACCGCCCCGCGGAGGCCGGGGCAGAGGGAGGAAGUUGGUCGGAGUGGGGAGAGCAGGGCCGGGCGGAAGGCCCCGCCCCUCAGCCUGGACCUGAUUACACGUGGAACGCUUAGAACCCCUCAACAAGCCGGGCUCCGGGAAGUGAGAAGGCAGCGCGGAGCGGUUGCCAAUGGGCGAGCGAUAAAAGGGAACGCAUGCGCCGGAAGGGAAUUGCAAAGGGGCGGAGCAAAAGGAGGAAGAAAACGGGGACGCGGGGCCCGGUAGGCUGAGGUACAACCUGGUGAGCUAAGUGUUGGUGGUUCUAGGACCUCAGCUCCCGAACUUCGGCCAGGGUGAGGUGGGAGCAGAGGUCUGGGGCCAGCGGGGCAGCCCAGCUAACGGGACCUUGUAUCGAGAGGAACAGGGCCGGGAGCUGUGGAUUGGGGCGGGUGAAGGAAAGGGUGCUGGGGAAAUCUGGUGAACCAGGAUCCCAAGGUGCCUAGGGAUCUGCGAGAGCGGCCAGAGGAAGAUCCAGAUAUCAGCUCUCCAAGGAUGCUUAGUGCCACCUUCCUGUGCUUCCUCCUGGGGGCAUUCAGCUUCCUGAGCACUGGGGCAGAAGAGCAUGUAGACAGCCACGGCCAUGCUGGUGUUCGCCUGGAUAAGAGCAUGGUGCAAGACAAAGAGCAUAUCAUGGAGCACCUAGAGGGUGUCAUUGAGAAAACUGAGUCGGAGAUGUCUCCCCAAGAGCUGCAGCUGCAUUACUUCAAGAUGCAUGAUUAUGAUGGCAAUAGUUUGCUUGAUGGCCUAGAACUCGCUACUGCUAUCUCUCAUGUCCAUAAAGAGGAAGGAGAGGCAUCCAUCAUGAAGGAAGAAGAACUGAUGAACUUGAUAGACGAUGUUUUAAAGGAUGAUGAUAAGAAUCUUGAUGGCUACAUCGACUAUGCUGAAUUUGCAAAAUCCAUGGAAUAGAAAUCCAUUGACAGUCUGCUAGUUAUAUGCAAAUGUGACCCAGUAAAAUGUGAUCGAAUGCUUGCCGUAUUGCAGGAUAGUCAUACUUUUUGAAGGAUGAGACCCUGUAGCAACUUGUUACUUUGGGAUGAAAAUAGAAUCUUUUUGGCAGACAUGACUCAAAAGCGAUGAAACUGCAUAUCACCCUGAAUUCAUGUUUAACUUCUUAACAUACAAGCACUUUUGAGAGAGGUUUGUCAUUGAGGUGGAUGCUUAGGAGCUCAGUUUUGAAUGUAGGAUGCUACCCGACUCUUGGUUUUAAUGUUAUCUGAAAGUCUUGUCAAAUAAAUACUUUUUUCAUGUGAUCAGGGAAACUUCAUAUGGCCUAGGAAAUGAAUGAUGGCCCAGACAUAAUCCCAGCUGAAUAUUUAUCUACCCCACAUGUCCUCAUUUAAUCAGUGUUCUGUGUAGCUCACCCAGUAAAGAUGGUUGCUUGCUGUAGGCAAGGAUGUUUAUAACUACAAACAUUAGAAAGGAAUGUCUGCCAAAUACUGAACUCAACUCUCAAUAGAGCCUAUUGAUGAAAACAGUUUUGACUUGGGUGUAUAUAACCCUUACAUUGACCUCAGCAUUUAAGCUUUCCAGUCUUUCAAUAUUUUACAGGACUACUGCCACAUCUCUAUACUUUAUUAUUUUUUUAACAUUAUAUUCAACCUGGGGGAGAUCUUGAAUGAAUGUAACAUGGUUCUUUGCUCCAAACGGUGUCAAAAAUGUUAAUGUUGUUAAUGUUUCUAUUUAACACUAAUUUCCAGAGUUCCCUUUUAUGGUCUAGGAACUAUAGGUGAAAUGUUAAAACUCUUACAGGGGAUAUAAAAUACAACUCUUGAUAAUCUAACCUGCAUCAGAAUGAAAAAGUUUUUGCUGCCAGUUAAGGGUUAGUGAGAUACCUUAACAUCCUAACUAGGUAGAUUUCAGAAGGAAAGUUGUUUAAAUGAGCUUUCCUGGUCAAGAAAAUACUUGAAUUCUUUCAGAUGAAUAAAAAAGGCCUAGAGUCCUUUGAGCUUUGUAGACUCAACAGUAUUUGAAAAGAAAGACAACAGCCCUGAGACAGAAAACAGUCUCAGUUCUACUUUGGACUAGAUUGAUGUUCUGUGUUAAAUGGCUUUAGAAAACUGGAAGUGAUGCCAUUAUUAUAAGUUAGGAAAGGAAUCUGAUUACUGAAAUGUGUUUUAAGAUGUUCAAAGAACUAUUUUCUCUAUUAAAGUAUUCUUAAAACUAUUCAUAAAAAUGGUUUCCUGUGUCAAGUGUUUGUACAAUCAGAACUAAGUUGUAACUAUUCUUGUAAUAUCUAGUUAUUUUGAAAGAUUUGUAUAAUGGAUUAUUCUGGAUAUAUGAGUAAUAAAGAUGAUGAAAUUCAA